CUCCUCCUUCCCCACCAGUUCCCUCUAAAAACAUCAUAAUCUCUCCAAACCCAGAAACAAAAAUCGAAGAAACUACGAAAUUUCUGGUGAAAUUUUCGAUUUCUGGGGUUUGCGAUUGUUGGGGUUUUCUAGGGGUUGUGUGAUUCGAAGGUUUUGCGAAGAUCGGAGCGUGACCGGAAAAGGGUGUUUUCAUAUUUUCCGGUGGGUUUUCUCCAGAUCUCUCCGGCGGCGGGGAAGCAUAGAGAGAUAUGCAGGAGAUGGUAGUUCCGGAAACAGAUAUGAUGCCUCGCCGCGAGGUCGAAUCCGCGACAAAAACCGAGCAUCAACACCCGAAACAUGGGGUUUCAUCGGGCAGCAGAGCGGCGGGAGCGGUGGAUAGCCACGUGUUUCCGUUGUUGGGAAGACAGUCGUCGAUCUACUCGCUGACUCUCGACGAGUUCCAGCACUCCCUCUGCGAGGGUGGCAGGAAUUUCGGGUCGAUGAACAUGGACGAGUUUCUUGUUUCCGUCUGGAACGCGGAGGAGAAUCAGCAAGUGGCCGCCGCCUCUCAUCACAACGGGAAGAGAGCUAUAAUAGCGAAGCAGCCGAGCUUACAACGUCAAGGCUCUUUGACGGUUCCUGCUCCGCUCUGCAGGAAAACGGUGGAUGAGGUUUGGUCCGAGAUACAUCGAGGGCAGCUCGAUAAUAACAAUGGAAACAACGAAAACUGUAUGCAGAACCCCGAAAAUGCAGCGAGGCAAGCGACCUUCGGCGAGAUGACGCUCGAGGAUUUUUUGAUCAAGGCAGGGGUGGUAAGGGAACAACCAGCUGACCCGAACUCGAACCCGAACCCGAACCAGAAUUCUGUCACACCGGCACAGCAACAGAACUAUGCUGUGUUCCAAAGCGGCGGCGGUGGCCCAAGCUUCCCGGGCCAAUCCAUGGCGGGAGUUGAUUCGUCAGGUUUCAUGAACAAUGAAAAAAAAACAGGAGGAGGGUACCCGCAGGCGAUGCCAACUCAGCCAGGUGUUUGCUACGGUGGUAGAGUACCGACAGCGACGAGUGGCGGCGGCGGGGCAGGCGGGUAUGUUCCUGGUCAGCAGGUGGCUACGGUGGGGCCACUUAGCCCGAUCUCAUCAGACGGGUUAGGACACGGGCAAGUUGAUAACAUGGGAAAUCAGUUCGGGGUCGAUAUGAGCCCUCUAAGGGGACGGAAAAGGAUAGUAGACGGGCCCGUGGAGAAGGUCGUCGAGAGGAGGCAGAGGAGGAUGAUCAAGAACCGCGAGUCCGCCGCAAGAUCCCGGGCACGAAAGCAGGCUUAUACAGUCGAACUGGAAGCAGAGCUGAACCAACUGAAAGAAGAGAACGCUCAGCUGAAACACGCAUUGGUGGAGCUCGAGGGGAAAAUGAAGCAACAGUAUUCGGAGGCCAUGGAGACGGAAACGCUUUCGAAAUCACAGAAAGCGGCUGGAAGAUUGCGGACACUGAGGAGGAACUCGAGUUGUCCCCUGUAGAAAAAACCUUAACAGAGAGACAGAUGAAGAUGAAGAAGAAGCGGGCGAGAGAGAGAGAGAGAGAGAGAGAGAGAUUAUU